AUGGCCAUCAUCGGUGCUGGCUUUGAGGACCACUCCUUCAGUAGUGACGACAGUUACAAUCAUGUGUUCACAGACACAGAGACUGCCACAGUCAAAGGCUUGUACUUUCAGCGUGCUCACCUGCUCUGUGGGCCAACAUCAUGCGGGUAUCUUGACCCCUCCCAGCAGGCCCUCAUCAAUGUGGGGGGGAUCCGGUACGCCUUUCCCUGGAGCACCCUGGAGGAUUUCCCCCAGAGCCGCCUGAGUCGCCUGCACUUCUGCACUUCUGUGAGGGAGAUAGCAGAGUUUUGUGAUGACUAUGAUGAGAUGAGGCACGAAUUUUUCUUUGACCGUGACCCUUUAGCUUUUCGGGCCAUAAUCAACUUCCUGGCAAAAGGAAAGUUACGUUUGCUGCGGGAGGUCUGCAAUGUGGCCUUGCACGGUGAGCUGCUGUACUGGGGCAUUGAUAUAGGACAGAUGGAACCCUGUUGCCGCCACCGGGUGAUCUGCUCUGUGGAGGAGGUGGUCGAGCACCAGCAAAAAGAAGAAGAGUGGCAGCAGAGAAGGAGGAUACUGAGGGCUCCUGUGGCAGAGGGCAGCCUAUUCCACAUGAUUGGAGAAGCAGUGGAGAACCCUCAUUCAGGUUUAGUAGGGAAAGUGUUUGCCUCUCUGUCUGUCAUCAUGGUGGUGGUCACUGUGGUCAGCCUGUGCAUCAGCACCAUGUCAGACCAACAACAGGAAGAAGCCAUGGGAAGAUGCUCCCAAAAAUGUCGCAACUUGUUUGUGGUGGAGUCUGUUUGUGUUGCUUGGUUCUCCUUAGAGUUUCUAGUGCGAUUUUUACAUGCACAGAGCAAGCUGGAGUUUGCCCGUGGCCCUCUGAACAUCACUGAUGCUGCUGCCAUCUUGCCCUACUAUGUCUCGCUGUUUGUGGAUCUCAGUGAUGAGUCUGUUCAGGACAUCGUAGCCAGUACAGGGAGAAGCAGCCUGGAUAAACUGGGUCUUAUCCUGCGUGUGAUGAGGGCGCUGCGUAUCCUCUACGUGAUGAGACUGGCCAGACACUCUCUGGGUCUGCAGACCUUGGGGCUGACUAUCCAGCGCAGUAUGACAGACUUUGGCCUGCUUUUUCUCUUUGUGUGUGUUGCUGUGACUCUCUUCUCCCCACUGGUACAUCUGGCUGAGAGUGAGCUAGCUCCCAACGCUGCCAGGUCCCCCCAGCUCAGCUUCAGCAGCAUCCCAGCAUCAUACUGGUGGUCCAUUAUCUCGGUGACUACGGUGGGAUAUGGUGACAUGGUGCCCCGCAGCAUCCCCGGCCAACUGGCAGCACUGAUCAGCAUCUUAUCAGGGAUCCUCAUUCUGUCAUUCCCUUCCACAUCCAUCUUCCACACAUUUGUCCACACCUAUACCGAGCUUAAACAGGAGAACAAGAGGCUGUGGAAGGAGGAGAGGGGUGCCGAACUCGCCACUGAGGCUGAGGAAAGCAUGAAAGAAAGAGAAACUUGGCCUGAUAACUGGCCAGAAAAAGAUUUUUUUAUCUGGUUUAGAUGA